AUGCAGGACUGUACUAAGUGCAAAUCUUUUAUGCAGGCGUAUAAUUUGUCUGAAGACCACAAACCUCAUCUUGAGGCUGAGAAAGAAAGGAUAUUAAAAGCUGGUGGUUAUGUUCAAUGUGGACGGGUCAAUGGGAGUUUAAACCUGGCAAGAGCUAUUGGAGACAUGGAGUUAAAGCAGAAUAAAUCACUGCCUGCUGAAAAGCAAAUAGUAACUGCCAAUCCUGAUAUAAACACUGUUGAGCUUUGCGAUGACGAUGAUUUUCUCAUUCUAGCUUGUGAUGGGAUAUGGGAUUGCAUGUCAAGCCAACAGCUAGUGGACUUUGUACAGGAACAAUUGAAUACCGAAAGUAAGCUUUCAGUGGUGUGCGAAAGGGUGUUUGACAAGUGUCUGGCUCCAUCAGCCGGAGGGGAGGGAUGCGACAACAUGACCAUGAUCUUGGUGAAGUUCAAGAAACCUUGCGAUUUUGGUCCUUCUACAAAGGAACAUACUCUGCCCUCCGAUCAACAAUCUGAAACUGAUCAAAAUCCAGCAGAACCUGAAUCUAAGUAG